UCUUGAUCGUUUCCACCUCAUCCUCACUCGCGUACGGAUUUGACAUUCACUCAUAUUCUUGUCUCUCCCAUUCUAUCAUUACCUCGAGCUUGGUAAAAGGUGCCAGAAACAACCCCGUGGUCAAACACCUUCUUAUCGUCUACGCGCUCUAUCUCUGCAGAAGAUAACUCCUCUUUGACUACAGAAAGAGACGUCGAAUCUAUCACUUUCAGCUGACUUCUAUCUUCUAAUUAUCUAUCCACUAUGUCACGGAGACCCUCGAUUCCAGAGAGAUACUCCUCUCUGAUGUCAGAGGACCGCCAAAAGACGCUUCGAAGCAAGCAGCGAGAUUUCAAUUUCAGUCAGACCCCUGCCUUCUCUCGCCUAUCCGCGGCGUCCUCGACAGUGUCUGAAUUCCUGGAGGAUAAGACAGAGUCUUACCAGCUAGAAAUAGACUACUUGCGGGCCUAUAAAGACGGUCUGCAUGAGGUAAGAGCUGCUCACACGAUCGACGACGCUGAUUAUAAAACUGAGCUACAUUCGGUCCUGGACGAUAUGAAGCUAGCCUAUGGGGACCUUCAGUUAAUAAAGCGCCAGAGGAACAUCCUGCAGGACGAUCUCGAGGAUAAGCUCCGGGGGAAACGUCGAAAAGAUGAUGUUGGACCUGACCAGGACUUUCUCGAGAGAGCGUAUGCCAACGCUAUUGUUCCUCGCGUGAUGAGAGCCUUAUCAAAGCAGAAGAAGGCCAAGUUUAAUCGGAGCGAUUUCAGACGGGACGUUCUCGAAUUUUACUCAGCCGUUCAAGUCCAAGACCAUAACGGUAAAAGGGAAGAAUUUGCGGCAUACUGCCAUCUCACCGGCUGGGAAGAUUCAGGAUGCGUAAAGGCUGCAUAUCUUGUACCCAAGUCUUUGGCUGGGGAAGAGAUCGGAUAUCUCUUUGGAACAAAAGAACUGGUCCGAUUUGACCCGCGCAGCGGUAUAUCCCUACAUGGCAGGAUCGAGGCUGGUCUGGAUGAUGGAAGUAUCGCGAUAGUACCUGUGCCAGAAGACAACUCCGGGGAAGGUACGAGAUGGAAGUGUAUUCUGGUGGAUAACUCUCGUAAGAAGCUUGUCUGCCUUGUGAAAGGUGAUACUCUCAUAAGAUGGGAGGAUCUUGAUGGGAAGGAGCUUACAUUCCUUACCUCGAACCGCCCAUCAAGGCGCUUCUUGUGCUUCAGAUUCAUCGUUACAUACCUGCAUGCAAAGAACUCAGGCAACACAUCAUUCAUAGAAAAGGUCGAGGAUAGAGCUCGCUUUUGGGCAAGCCCUGGGCCGUACCUGCGAUAUUCUACUCUCAUCUCUCUCGCCAGGAACAUCUGUGGUUGUUGUGAACUGCCGCCAUCCCUCCUUGAGGACACGACAUUCAAGAGUGCUGACAUGGAAGACGACCACGACGAUGAUAUCAAUAUCAUGCUCUCAGUACAACUGAGAGAGGCUAUAAUGAAGAGCACAUCGUAAAGGGAGGACGAGGAUGUGGAGCUUAUGAGGAAAGCGAUGGAAGCGGUUUCUAGAUCGAGACUCGUACAUGCGCCUACCAUUCAGCCAGGGGUACCAUUGUGGAUUUCGAUGAUGCUAUCUAUCCUUGACAGCAGCACACGCACACGACUUUGCGCAUGUGUUCUCGGGUUGUACUUGCACAUCGUCCUUGGAGUCUGUUAGAGACCCAGGCAGACCAACAAGGAGUUCUCCUUUUUGGUCGACUGGCAGAAAGCCAUCAGAGUCUUACUACGCCUACCAAAUUACUCCUUGGUCGAUAGGAUACUUAGGAUAGGAUAUGCGGGGGUUCCUCGAUUGACUGCUGUACUUAACAGUAUAGAUACCACCAAUAUUCACCAGCAGCUGUAGCUG